UGUUAAAAAAAAAACUCUCCUCACACCCAUCUGACCCAGAGACUUUCAUUUUUGCUCUCUUUUUAUUUUCCAGCAGGACCAGUGAUUCAGACGAAAUCUACACGCUGCGCACUCAUCCGCUCUAAGAAGGAGAGCUCGGUGGGAGCGGGUGGGGGAGCUGCGGCGUGCGAAGGACUUGGAAGGCGCCUGCUCCGCCCUCUGCGCGGCCGCCAGGAGCGCGCGCUCCACCCCGCGCCCCGCGCCCCGCGCCCCCCGCCGCCACUGUCUCCUCCUCCCCGCGGUCUCCCGCUCCAGGUCCGGCCAUGGAGCUGCGCUCGGAGCUGCCCAGCGUGCCGGGCGCGGCCACGGCGGCGGCGACAGCGACCGGGCCGCCCGUGGCGUCGGUGGCGUCUGUGGCGGCCGCGGCGGCCGCGGCGGCGUCGCUGCCGGUGAGCGUGGCGGGCGGCCUGCUCCGGGCGCCCCCGCUCCUGCUUCGGGCGGCCGAGAAGUACCCGCGGACCCCCAAGUGCGCGCGCUGCCGCAACCACGGCGUGGUGUCGGCGCUCAAGGGCCACAAGCGCUACUGCCGCUGGAAGGACUGUCUGUGCGCCAAGUGCACGCUCAUCGCCGAGCGCCAGCGCGUCAUGGCGGCGCAGGUGGCCCUGCGCAGGCAGCAGGCGCAGGAGGAGAAUGAGGCGCGAGAGCUGCAGCUGCUCUACGGCACCGCGGAGGGGCUGGCGCUCGCCGCGGCCAACGGCAUCAUCCCGCCGCGGCCCGCCUACGAGGUCUUCGGCUCGGUGUGCGCAGCCGACGGUGGGGGCCCCGGCGCGGGAGCGCCGGCUGGGAGCGGAGGCGCGGCGGGCGCCGCCGGCUCAGAAGCCAAGUUACAGAAGUUUGACUUGUUCCCCAAGACACUGCUUCAGUCCGGCCGCCCCGGCAGCCCGCAGCCACCUGGGAAGCCCUCAUCACCCGAUGGCGUGGACUCUGGCCCUGGGACCUCGUCCCCCGAGGUGCGGCCUGGCUCUGGCUCGGAGAACGGCGAUGGCGAGUCGUUUUCGGGGUCCCCCCUAGCCCGGGCCUCCAAGGAGGCGGGUGGCAGCUGCCCAGGCAGUGCUGGCCCGGGAGGUGGUGGCGGCGAGGAGGAUAGCCCAGGCUCCGCUAGCCCCCUGGGUUCCGAAUCCGGUUCCGAAGCAGAUAAAGAAGAGGCGGAGGCUGUGCCGACGCCGGGGCUGGUCGGGGGCCCGGGUCCCAGGCAUCGGACGCCGCUGGACAUCUUAACUCGCGUCUUCCCGGGCCACCGGCGAGGCGUCCUGGAGCUGGUGUUGCAGGGCUGCGGCGGCGACGUGGUGCAGGCCAUCGAGCAGGUGCUCAACCACCACCGCGGGGGCCUGGCGGCUGGCCUGGGCCCCAUCGCGCCCCCCGAGAAGGCCACGAUGGGCGCGGUGGCGGGAGCGGACGACGCGUGGCCCGGGCGCGUCGACGCAGCCGCCUCCGGGGGCCCCGGGCUGCCCGCACCGCUGCAGGCCGGCCCCGCAGCACCCCCGCACCACAGACCUCUGCUGGCCGGGGCCAUGGCGCCGGCGGCGCUGGGCUCCCUGAGCAGCCGCUCGGCCUUCUCCCCGCUGCAGCCCAACGCCAGCCACUUCGGGGCAGAUGCGGGAGCCUACCCUCUGGGGGCACCGCUGGGCCUCAGCCCCCUGCGCCUGGCCUACUCAGCGGCAGCGGCUCACAGCCGCGGCCUGGCCUUCAUGGCGCCCUACUCCACCGCCGGCCUGGUGCCCACGCUCGGCUUCCGCCCGCCCAUGGACUACGCCUUCAGCGACCUCAUGCGAGACCGCUCGGCCGCUGCUGCCGCUGCAGUGCACAAGGAGCCGACCUACGGUGGCGGCCUUUACGGGCCCAUGGUCAAUGGAGCCCCCGAGAAGCAGUAGGGCGCGGGGCCUGGAAGCCGGGUGGCCCCUGAAUAGGGAUCCCAGCCCUGGCCCCUCGUGGACCUUUCGUCGCUGGGGGCGCUCUCCGCGCUCUGGUCAGGGUCUUCUCGCUCCAAGAUGGUUUUCGAGUUGGUUGCGGGGAGGGGAGGGAGACAACAGGGUAGGGAGAGCUGAGCACAGACAGGGGAGCGGAUGCAGGUGCCAAUGUUCUCAGAGGGUACCCGGAUCUUCGUAGUUCCGACCCCUCCUCCUCAAGACAACCCACCCACCCACCCUACUGAAAGGUUGGGAAUUCUUGAGACAUAGGAGAUUGGCCACUGCGUGCUCCUGCCUCCCUGUUAACUAACUGCCCACCCGAUCCGCUCCAGCUCUCAGAAGGAUGGCAGGAUAGUCCGAGAGUCUGUCUUCUGUGUCUCCUCCUCCCUAUAAUGUUUUUUUUAAAAAAAUUCCCUCUAACAAAUAGUGUAUAAAUCUCUUGGCACUGAAUCGAGUCUUUGGGACACAACAUAUAUAUCGAUAUCCAUUGUAAAAAAGAAAGGAAACGUUCUAAGGUGCACUUUCCUUGUUGCGGUAUUUGUCGCUCUUUGUUGCUUAUGCCGAUAAGCAUGGGUUUCCUUGGUGCAGUGUGAGUUUUUAUAUAUGUAUAAAUCUAUAUAUAAUCUAUACAUAUAUAUACAAACCAGUGUAUAAUGUUAUAAAAUGGAAUUCUAAGUUAUUAAUUGUAAUCUGUAGGUGACCUCCGUAUUAACGUGGAAAAUAUUCAAAAACAAGUAAAAAAAAAAGGGGGGGACCAAAUGGGGGGAAAAGUUAGACUAUGCGCGCAUUGUACUUAUCAGGUUUUAUAGAUUAAAUAUAUUGUCAACUCGGGACAAAUCCUGCCCUCCCGCCCCUCUGGCCUGCAGCGGGUUUCUUUAAGGAGCCGUCAAGGUGCGCACUGAAGCAGGAAAGAAGGACGAGUGUCUGAGCCAGACCCGCCCGCUCCAGGGCCUAUCCCUGCCUCCCGGGACUCGCCAACCGCCAACCGGACAGCAGCGGGCUGGGCUGCUGCAGAGAAUGGCUCACUUUGUGCUUUCCUUUGCAUAGACAUGAGCUAGAAAUAAAUGUUAUUUUCUA